AUUUCCGUUAGUUUGCGAGAUUUGGAGGCCUCGCGUGGGGAGAGGGCCGCGUCUGUGGAGGAGCUUGGCUCCGCACCUGCUGGGCUGGCGAACGCGAAAUCGGGCUUGGAACCCGGGCACCAGAUCUUGGACCCUAACUGCAUCUCUCUCAAGAGCCCAGAGGAGAAAGAAUGGCUGUUUCAGUAGCAAUGUCCAAGCUCUGCAUUCUCCAGACUCUGUGCUUUCCUAAGAUAGGAACCCAGAAGAAGACUGAUCAUUUCUUGCAGCUCUAAAAACCAUGGCUCGGAAAUUAGUGAUGUUCAGGGAUGUUGCCAUUGACUUUUCUCAGGAAGAGUGGGAAUGCCUGGACUCCGCUCAGAGAGAUUUGUAUAGAGAUGUGAUGUUGGAGAACUACAGCAACUUUGUAUCACUAGACUUGCCUUCAAGGUGUGCAAGUAAGGACUUAUCUACAGAAAAGAACACUUAUGAAACAGAAUUAUCCCAAUGGGAAAUGAACGACAGACUUGAAAACUGUGAUCUUGAAGAGUCCAAAUCCAGGGAUUAUUUGGAAGCCAAAGGCAAGAUGGAGAAGCAACAAGAAAAUCAGAAGGAAUAUUUCAGGCAAGGGAUGAUCAUAUAUGACAAAAUGUCCAUUUUCAACCAGCAUACUUACUUAUCUCAACAUUCAAGAUGUCAUUCUACUGAGAAACCCUAUAAAUGUAAGGAAUGUGGGAAAGCUUUCAGACGAGCCUCACACCUAACACAACAUCAAAGUAUUCAUACUGGUGAAAAACCCUAUGAAUGUAAGCAAUGCGGGAAGGCCUUUAGUCGUGAUUCACAACUCAGUCUUCAUCAGAGACUUCAUACUGGUGAGAAACCCUAUGCAUGUAAGGAAUGUGGGAAGGCCUUUACUCAAAGCUCACAACUUAUUUUACAUCAUAGAAUUCAUACUGGUGAAAAACCAUAUAAAUGUGAAGAAUGUGGAAAAGCCUUUAUUCGUAGCUCACAACUUACCCGACAUCAGAAAGUUCAUACUGGUGAGAAACCUUACGAAUGUAAAGAAUGUGGGAAGGCCUUUACUCAGAAUUCACAACUUACACUACACCAGAGACUGCAUACUGGUGAAAAGCUCUAUGAAUGUAAAGAAUGUAGGAAGGUCUUUACUCAGCUCUCACAACUUAUUCUGCAUAAGAGAAUUCAUACCGGUGAGAAACCCUACGAAUGUAAGGAAUGUGGAAAAGCUUUUAUUUGUGGCUCACAGCUUUCUCAACAUCAGAAAAUUCAUAAUGGGGAAAAACCCUAUGAAUGUAAGGAAUGUGGAAAGGCCUUUAUUCGGGGCUCACUACUUAUGCAACAUCAGAGGAUUCACACUGGUGAAAAACCCUAUAAAUGUGAAGAAUGUGGGAAGGCGUUUAUCCGUGGCUCACAACUUACUCAGCACCAGAGAAUUCACACCAAUGAAAAGCCCUAUGAAUGUAAGGAAUGUGGAAAGAUGUUUAGUCACGGCUCGCAACUUACUCAACAUCAGAGAAUACAUACUGGUGAGAAACCCUAUCAGUGUAAGGAAUGUGGAAAGGCAUUUAAUCGUGGCUCACUCCUUACACGACACCAGAGGAUUCAUACUGGUGAGAAACCCUAUGAAUGUAAAGAAUGUGGAAAAACCUUUAGUCGCGGCUCAGAACUUACUCAACAUGAGCGAAUUCACACAGGUGAGAAACCCUAUGAAUGUAAGGAAUGUGGGAAAUCUUUUAUUCGUGGCUCACAGCUUACUCAACAUCAGAGAAUCCAUACUGGUGAGAAACCUUAUGAAUGUAAAGAAUGUAGAAUGGCCUUUACUCAGAGUUCACAUCUUUCCCAACAUCAAAGACUUCACACUGGUGAGAAACCCUAUGUGUGUAAUGAAUGUGGAAAGGCCUUUGCGCGUGGCUUACUGCUUAUACAACAUCAGAGAAUUCAUACUGGUGAGAAACCGUAUCAAUGUAAGGAAUGUGGGAAAGCCUUUAUUCGUGGUUCACAGUUGACUCAACAUCAGCGAAUUCACACUGGAGAAAAACCCUAUGAAUGCAAGGAGUGUGGCAAGGCCUUUAGUCAUGGCUCUCAGCUUACUCUACAUCAGAGAAUCCAUACUGGUGAGAAGCCCUAUGAAUGCAGAGAAUGUCGAAAGGCCUUUACUCAGAGCUCACAUCUUUCUCGGCAUCAGAGAAUUCAUACUGGUGAGAAACCAUAUCAAUGUAAGGAAUGUGGGAAGGCCUUUACUCGUGGUUCACAGCUAACUCAACAUCAGAGAAUUCAUAUCAGUGAGAAAUCUUUUGAAUAUAAGGAAUGUGGGAUUGACCUUAAUCGUGGCUCUCAAGUUUACAUGUGAAUUGUCUGAUUCUUUGAGAUCGCUAUGAAGAAGUUCUCUGGUUGUUAUCAGCAAAGACUUCUCACAAAUGUGAAUAUGGGCGUGUAUUUGCCUCAUAAAGCACAGCAUCAGAGAAUUUAUGUGAGAGAAAAAAUGUGUCAUUCAUAUAGAAAAACCUAUCAUUACUGGAAACCUAUUACACAUCAGCAAAUUGGAGAAUAGUUUUAAUAUAGUAAAUGUAGGAAGCCCUUUACCCAUAUUGAAAACAAAUAUCUUUUUCAACAUUAUUAGCUCUACUAGUUGAUCUUUUUGUUAUAUGGAUCAUGAUACUUAACCUCUACCUUGGUUUAAUCAUUCUAAGAUAGACCUAAGUAUAUUACCUUUAUUAUAAGAGUCUUGGAAGUAUUAAGUUAUUACAUGUAAAACCUCUUAGAAUGGUGCCUUGAACAUAGCAUACCACAAAUAUUAGCUACCAUUUUCACUAGUGUUAUUUUAGAGAAUUUGCAUGAGAGGAGAGCACUUAUGAGUUUAAUGAAUAUUGAGAAAUCUUUUAUCAACACAUCCUAGAUGACUUGGGUGGAAAGCACUGUAUGCCAUAAUGAAUGUGAGAAAGCUGUCAUUUAAAUCUCAUCCAUUAGUGCUAUAAGAGGAAAUUCAUACUGUUUAAAAAAAAAAAAAAACAGUGGAUUUAAUCAGUGGAUUAUUGAGCACAGCUGUUAGAGAAUUGGGGCAAGGUGUGAAGUGAUUUUUAACAAAGUCUAAGAUCCAAAGUCUAAUCUACGAAAUUUUUUAAAACUUGAAUGUAUUGCUUUUGAAGUAAACAAAAUAAGAACUGAUUACAGACUAUUUUGCAAUGAAAAAUGAGAGUGUGUGAUAGAGACUGCUUUUUUCCUACCCUAUAUCUAUUUUCUCUUUUUUAUUAACAAAAUUCUGGGCUGAAAAACUAUCUCAGCCUUUCUUGCAGGUCAACAAGAUAGAAGUGGUAUUUAUAUGAGUAGGAGAUUUAUGAAAUCCAUUUUUCCUGUCUUUUUUCCCUGCCUACAAUGUGGACAUCUAAGCUGGAGGUCUGACACUGUCAUGGGGACUUUGAGAAUGGUAUCUGGGUGUUAUGGAUCAUGGAGCAGAAAUACAGAAGGAGUCUGCAACCCAGAUGACUUUGUGAAACAGCCAUACUAGCUCUGGUCUGCUUGCCUCCUGUGUUUCUUUAAAUGAAAUUAAACUUCUUA